GUCAAUAAUAUUUUUGUCGUGCUUGGUUCCGAUUUUCCAGAUUGCAUUUCGCAUUUUGUAAUCACUUGAAAUAGAAGUGUCUCCAGCUGUAUAAAGAUUGAAGGAAUAAAAAUCAAAUCUACCUACAAUACUUUUUUAAUCAGCAACGGUUAUCCAACUUCAAACUCAACAUGACUUUGGGAACUUACAACAGACAUCAAGCUGAAAGGAAAAAGCAAGCCGCUUUAGCAGCUGCUUUCCCUCAAGGAAUUCGCUGCCAAAAGUGUCUAGAAUAUGGCCAUUGGAGCUAUGAAUGCAAAGGAAAGCGUAAGAUCUUAGUACAUCCUUCACGUACUCAAGUCCUCAAGAAGAAUCUAAAAGCUAAAGAAGAAGGACAAUGCAGCAAUGGUUCUUGUAAGAUUCCAAACAAGAAAAAACGAACUGGCUCAGACUGUUCAGAUUGCUCAGACAAAGGCUCCUCCUCUGACAGCUCAUCAGAAUCUUCUUCCGACAGUUCUGGUUCAUCCAGCGACAGCAGCGACUCAGAAAGUGACAGUGAGAGCAGCAGCGAAUCUGGUUCUUGUAGCGACUGUUAAAUGUUGCAAAAUAUGAUAAGGAUUAUUUUAUGCUUUAACCAGGAUUACUGUCUUGUUUUUCUUAAAGUAUUUUUUUUUCUUAAUUAUAAAACUUCUAAGAAUUUUGUGCCCUUGUAAAAUACUAAGCUCAAGUUUAUUCACAUUUAAUACAUGUUUGAAUUCAGAAUUUAUUGACAUACAGUAAUCCUGUUUUAAUAGCAUGUAGAUUUAAGCAAUUAUCUGAAAUUUGUAGUUUUUUGUUAUGCUGUGCAUUCACAACGCACUGUGGCUAGCUCUACUCAAGAAAAACAUGAAUUAUUUUUAUAUUUUUAGAGUUCUCAGGUUUGAAAUGCUGGACAUUUUAGGUAAUUGUGCAUUACAAUGUGAAAGAAUAACAUGGUGCUGCAUAAUUAUAUUUUGGAAUGCACCUUAUACCUGGAAACGAUUUUAUUUGAAUACUUACUACUUGAUGUGAAAUUUCUGAAUGUGAUUGUAUUAUGUUACCUGAUUGCUAAUAAACAAUGAAAUUGUGAAAUUAAUGAUUUAAAUUGUAUCUAGUUUUUAGUACUAUGUAAAAUUGUUGAAAAAAUUCUUAACUUGUUUAUUGGUAAGAGGGUAAUUUUAUAAUUAUAAUUUUAGCAUUUAAGUUUGAUAGGAAUUUCUUAUAAAUUAACUACUGUAACUUAAUAUUUGAAAGUGAUUUUAAUAUAGUUUAUUAUUGAUCACAUUAUUGACAUUAAAUGUUAGACUAUUAUUUUAUGCUUUGUAAAAACAUGCUGUUCAUGUCAUUGUCUUAGAUUUUACUAGAAGUUAGAUAUAUGUCUUUAGUUUGUAGACUUUGUGUAACACAUUUAUAAAAAGACUGUAUAAUGAAAAAACUUGAGUCUUUACAAUUGAAAAUAUAUAAAUAUUCUUCAGAUCGUUUUAUUAGUAAAAAUGUCAUAACUUACAUGAAUUUUGAUAAAAAAUGAAUACAAUUUUGAUGGAAUU